AUGAAGAUGGAACGUCAGCCGAAAACCCUUUCAGACGCUGUGGAGCUCAUCCAGACGGCCGAGCUGAUUUCCAAGGCGGUCAAGACAGUUGUUGCGGAAUGGUCUCAAGAACUGGAAGCCUUCAAGGACAGCAGACGCUCUGGCAGUCCGACGGCAGUACAGAUCCUGCCGAGCCAUGAGCUGUUUAAUGCCCAAAGGAUUCUGUCAGCGGCCGUCGGCAAGAUCACCGAGCUGGUUUCGGAGCCCAGUGUGAGAAUUCUUGAAGCUGCGACCCAGUUUCAAGAAUCGCGUGCGCUGUAUAUCGCAGCUGAGCGUCGUAUUCCUGAUAUUCUUGCUGCGUAUGACGAGCAAGGGGGGCUCUCAGUCCCAAAAAUCAGCGAGCAAGCCGGCAUUGAGCAUCGGAAGUUAUCGCGUGUCCUGAGAUAUCUUUGUUCAAUGGGAAUCUUCCGCCAGACGGGAGACGAUGCUUUUGCGAACAAUAGGAUUUCUGCUUCGUUGAUCGCGAACGAACCUCUUCGUGCAUAUGUCCAACUGGUCGGCAGCGAGGCUUUCACAGCAGCAGAUCGCCUUCCACAGACUCUCUUGGACCCCGUAACAGGUCCAUCCUACGAUGUCGCGAAAACUGCAUGGCAAGAUGCCAUCGGGACCGAUAAGCCGCGGUGGGAAUGGAUCGAGGAAAGAGUGGAACAAGACCAGCUCAGGAAGUCCGGGGGUCACUACCCAGGAAUCCCGAGUCUUGUACUUGAGCCACAGCCUAUAGGCGAAGAUGGAUUAGUAGCAAGACCUGAGUUGGAGAUCAUGGGUCUCGCCAUGAUUGGCGGUGGGCGGGUCUUUGGGGCUGCCCAAGUCUAUGAUUAUCCAUGGACAUCGCUUGGCAAUGCUUUAGUGGUGGAUGUUGGGGGUGGUGUUGGAGGCUUUCCCCUUCAACUCAGCAAGGUCUACCCCGAUCUUCGGUUUGUUGUCCAGGACCGAGCCCCGGUAGUCAAGCAGGGGCUGGAACACAUUUGGCCGAAGGAAAACCCCGCAGCUUUGCAUGCCGGACGAGUGCAGUUUAUGGCGCACAGCUUCUUCAACAAGAAUCCGGUCGAGGCCGCCGACGUAUACUACCUCCGAUACGUGCUUCAUGACUGGUCUGACGAGUAUUGCGUGAAUAUUCUUUCGAGCAUUCGGGAGAGCAUGGCAUCUCAUUCUCGCCUGUUGAUCUGCGAACAGGUAAUGAACACGACCACUGGGGAUCCCGACCUUACCUCCGCCCCAACUCCUCUUCCGGCAAACUACGGAUUUCAUACACGCUUCAGUCACAGCCGGGAUCUCACCAUGAUGGCAAGUAUCAACGGUAUCGAAAGGACCCCUGAAGAAUUCAAGGUCCUGCUCAAAGCUUCUGGGCUGGCUUUGAAACAGAUAUGGGAGUGUCGAAGCCAGGUUUCUCUACUUGAAGCGGUUUUGGCAGAUGUUUGA